UUCGUACUAAGUUUGCAUUUUAAAUGUAGCAACACUAAAACUACGUCGACUGUCAAAGUCAAGUUCCAAUUGACAAGUUGGGGCUCACGCCGCCGCCAAAAUGGCGAACCGGACAGUAAAAGAUGCAAAAUCAAUUCGGGGAACAAAUCCUCAAUAUCUUGUGGAAAAGAUAAUAAGAUCGCGCAUAUACGAUUGUAAAUAUUGGAAGGAAGAAUGUUUUGCGUUAACAGCGGAGUUACUUGUCGACAAGGCGAUGGAACUACGAUAUGUUGGUGGUGUGCACGGUGGCUUCAUUUAUCCCACUCCGUUUUUGUGUUUAGUUUUAAAAAUGUUACAGAUACAACCUGAAAAAGAUAUUGUAGUUGAAUUUAUUAAAAACGAGGAGUUUAAAUAUGUGCGAGCGUUAGGUGCAUUCUAUAUGAGACUCACAGGAACCUCUGUUGAUUGUUACAAGUAUUUAGAGCCACUUUAUAACGAUAAUAGAAAACUGAGGCGUCAAAAUCGCCAGGGUCAGUUCGAGAUAGUUCAUAUGGAUGAGUUUAUAGAUGAAUUACUACGAGAAGAACGAUUAUGUGACGUUAUUUUGCCGAGGAUACAGAAAAGGCAUAUAUUGGAAGAGAAUAAUGAAUUAGAACCUAAAGUAUCUGCGUUGGAUGAUGAUCUUGAUGAAGAUAUGCCAUCAGAUGAUGAAAUUAUUGAUACAGAAGCCAAAGAAAACAAAAGAGAAAAGGAAAGGCGGGAUAAAGACAGGCGUAGAGACAGAUCAAGGGAUAGAGACAGGAGGGAUAAAGAUCGUAAACGAGAAAGAUCUAGAAGCAGAGAUCGUGAUCGUAGACGGGAAAGAGAAAAAGAGAGAGAAAGGGAGAAGGAGAGGGAAAAAGAAAGGGAGAAAGAGAGAGAACGAGAACGGGAAAAGGAGAGAGAUCGCUUACGAGAGCGUGAAAGGGAGAGGGAAAAGGAUAGACGAGAAAGAGAUAGACACGAAGGAGAUAGAAGACGAGGUGGCAGAUAUUAGUAAUUUAAGGUAUUAAAUAAUAUGAC